AUGACGACGAGGAAGACGGAAGUCAGUCUCCACUGGGCUCUGUCCCUGCCCUUUGUAGCCUUCCUCAGCCCUUGGGAGUCCUUCUCGGCCCACAUCCCAGCCACCGCCCCCCAGUGCAGCACCUGUGCCCUUGGGGUGCUUGUGCGCUGGGACCUGGCCCUUCGUGCUUGUUCCUGGGACACGCACGUGCUCAAGGUGAGCGCCGCGGACCACGGCGCGCCGCGCCGCUCGGCCGCCACCUACCUCACCGUCACGGUCAGCGACACCAACGACCACAGCCCGGUCUUCGAGCAGUCCGAAUACCGCGAGCGCGUGCGCGAGAACCUGGAGGUGGGCUCCGAGGUGCUGACCAUCCGUGCCACCGACGGCGACGCGCCCUCCAACGCCAACAUGCGCUACCGCCUGCUGGAGGGUGCGGGGGGCGUCUUCGAGAUCGACGCGCGCUCGGGGGUGGUGCGCACGCGGGCCGCGGUGGACCGGGAGGAGGCGGCCGCGUUCCGGCUGCUGGUGGAGGCCAACGACCAGGGCCGCAACCCGGGCCCGCUGAGCGCCACGGCCACCGUGCACAUCGCGGUGGAGGACGAGAACGACAACUACCCGCAGUUCGGCGAGAAGCGCUAUGUGGUCCAGGUGCCCGAGGACGUGGCGGUCAACACGGCUGUGCUGCGCGUGCAGGCCACCGACCGGGACCAGGGCCAGAACGCGGCCGUGCAUUACAGCAUCGUCAGCGGGAACCUGAAGGGGCAGUUCUACCUGCACUCGCUGAGCGGGAGCCUGGACGUGAUCAACCCCCUGGACUUUGAGACCAUCCGCGAGUACACGCUGCGCGUCAAGGCCCAGGACGGGGGCCGGCCUCCGCUCAUCAACUCCUCGGGGCUGGUCUCCGUGCAGGUGCUGGACGUGAACGACAACGCGCCCAUCUUCGUGAGCAGCCCCUUCCAGGCCGCCGUGCUGGAGAACGUGCCCCUGGGCCACUCUGUGCUGCACAUCCAGGCAGUGGAUGCAGACGCGGGGGAGAACGCCCGUCUGCGCUAUCGCCUGGUGGACACAGCCUUGGCCGCUUUGGGUGGCGACUUUCCCUUCCAGAUUCACAAUAGCUCGGGUUGGAUCACCGUGUGCGCCGAGCUGGACCGAGAGGCGGUGGAGCACUACAGCUUUGGGGUGGAGGCGGUGGACCACGGCUCCCCACCCAUGAGCUCCUCGGCCAGCGUGUCCAUCACGGUGCUGGACGUAAAUGACAACGACCCGGUGUUCACGCAGCCCGCGUAUGAGCUUCGCCUGAACGAGGACGCUGCCGUGGGCAGCAGUGUGCUAACCCUGCAGGCCCGGGACCGUGACGCCAACAGCGUAAUCACCUACCAGCUCACGGGUGGCAACACCCGGAACCGCUUUGCACUCAGCAGCCAGAGUGGCGGUGGUCUCAUCACCCUGGCGCUGCCACUGGACUACAAGCAGGAGCGACAGUACGUGCUGGCAGUGACCGCGUCCGAUGGCACACGUUCGCACACAGCACAGGUCUUCAUCAAUGUCACCGACGCCAACACCCACCGACCAGUCUUCCAGAGCUCCCACUACACAGUGAGCGUCAGCGAGGACCGGCCUGUGGGCACCUCCAUUGCCACCAUCAGUGCCACCGAUGAGGAUACUGGGGAGAAUGCCCGCAUCACCUACGUGCUAGAGGACCCCAUGCCACAGUUCCGCAUUGACCCCGACACUGGUACCAUCUACACCAUGACAGAGCUGGACUAUGAGGACCAGGCCGCCUACACACUGGCCAUCACGGCUCAGGACAAUGGCAUCCCUCAGAAGUCGGACACCACCUCCCUGGAGAUCCUUAUCCUUGAUGCCAAUGACAACGCACCCCGGUUCCUGCGGGACUUCUACCAGGGUUCUGUCUUCGAAGAUGCCCCAUCAUCAACCAGUGUCCUCCAGGUCUCUGCCACGGACCGGGACUCGGGCCCCAACGGCCGUCUGCUGUACACCUUCCAGGGCGGGGAUGAUGGCGACGGGGACUUCUACAUCGAGCCCACGUCUGGCGUGAUCCGCACCCAGCGCCGGCUGGACCGGGAGAAUGUGGCUGUGUACAACCUUCGGGCUCUGGCUGUGGAUCGGGGCAACCCAGCUCCCCUUAGUGCCUCGGUGGAAAUCCAGGUGACUGUCUUGGACAUCAAUGACAACCCCCCAGUAUUUGAGAGGGAUGAACUGGAGCUGUUUGUAGAAGAGAACAGCCCAGUGGGGUCAGUGGUGGCAAGGAUUCGUGCCAAUGACCCUGACGAAGGCCCCAACGCCCAGAUCAUGUAUCAGAUUGUGGAAGGAAACGUGCCGGAGGUCUUCCAGCUGGACCUGCUGAGCGGGGACCUGCGUGCCCUGGUCGAGCUGGACUUCGAGGUCCGGCGGGAAUAUGUGCUCGUGGUGCAGGCCACAUCGGCCCCCCUGGUGAGCCGGGCCACGGUGUACAUCCGCCUCCUGGACCAGAAUGACAACCCGCCAGUGCUGCCUGACUUCCAGAUCCUCUUCAACAACUAUGUCACCAAUAAGUCCAACAGCUUCCCCACAGGUGUGAUCGGCCGCAUCCCGGCCCAUGACCCCGACCUGUCGGACAGCCUCAACUACACCUUCCUGCAGGGCAAUGAGCUGCGCCUGCUGCUGCUGGACCCCGCCACGGGCGAGCUGCAGCUCAGCCGGGACCUGGACAACAACCGGCCGCUGGAGGCACUCAUGGAGGUGUCUGUGUCUGAUGGCAUCCACAGCGUCACGGCCCUCUGCACCCUGCGCGUCACCAUCAUCACGGACAACAUGCUGACCAACAGCAUCACCGUCCGCCUGGAGAACAUGUCCCAGGAGAAGUUCCUCUCCCCGCUGCUGUCCCUGUUUGUGGAGGGGGUGGCCACAGUGCUGUCUACCACCAAGGACGACAUUUUCGUCUUCAAUAUCCAGAACGACACGGACGUCAGCUCCAACAUCCUGAACGUGACCUUCUCGGCGCUGCUGCCCGGCGGCGUCCGCGAUCAGUUCUUCCCGUCCGAGGACCUGCAGGAGCAGCUGUACCUGAACCGCACGCUGCUCACGGCCAUCUCCACCCAGCGCGUGCUGCCCUUCGACGACAACAUCUGCCUGCGCGAGCCCUGCGAGAACUACAUGAAGUGCGUCUCGGUGCUCAGGUUCGACAGCUCGGCCCCCUUCAUCAGCUCCACGACCGUGCUCUUCCGGCCCAUCCACCCCAUCAACGGCCUGCGCUGCCGCUGCCCGCCCGGCUUCACCGGCGACUACUGCGAGACCGAGAUCGACCUGUGCUACUCCAGCCCGUGCGGCGCCCACGGCCGCUGCCGCAGCCGCGAGGGAGGCUACACCUGCGAGUGCUUCCAGGACUUCACCGGGGAGCACUGCGAGGUGAGCGCCCGCUCAGGCCGCUGCGCCAACGGCGUGUGCAAAAACGGGGGCACCUGCGUGAACCUGCUCAUCGGCGGCUUUCACUGCGUGUGUCCCCCCGGCGAGUACGAGAGGCCCUACUGCGAGGUCACCACUCGGAGCUUCCCGCCCCAGUCCUUCGUCACCUUCCGCGGCCUGCGACAGCGCUUCCACUUCACCCUGUCCCUCACGUUUGCCACCCAAGAAAGGAAUGCACUGCUGCUCUACAACGGCCGCUUCAACGAGAAGCACGACUUCAUCGCCCUGGAGAUCGUGGACGAGCAGGUGCAGCUCACCUUCUCCGCAGGUGAGACCACAACGACCGUGACACCACAGGUUCCCGGAGGCGUGAGUGACGGGCAGUGGCACUCGGUGCAGGUGCAGUACUACAACAAGCCCAACAUCGGCCGCCUGGGCCUGCCCCAUGGGCCGUCUGGAGAAAAGGUGGCCGUGGUGACCGUGGAUGACUGCGACACAGCUGUGGCCGUGCGCUUUGGAAGCUUCGUUGGGAACUACAGCUGCGCCGCCCAGGGCACUCAGAGCGGCUCCAAGAAGUCCCUGGAUCUGACAGGCCCUCUGCUCCUGGGGGGUGUCCCCAACCUGCCGGAAGACUUCCCAGUGCACAACCGACAGUUUGUAGGCUGCAUGCGGAACCUGUCCGUUGACGGCAGGAACGUGGACAUGGCUAGCUUCAUCGCCAACAAUGGCACCAGGGCAGGCUGUGCCGCUCGGAGGAGCUUCUGUGACGGGACCUGGUGUCAGAAUGGGGGCACCUGUGUCGACAGGUGGAACACCUACCUGUGCGAGUGUCCACUCCGCUUUGGCGGGAAGAACUGUGAGCAAGCCAUGCCCCACCCCCAGCACUUCAGUGGAGAGAGUGUUGUGUCGUGGAGCGACCUGGACAUCACCAUCUCCGUGCCCUGGUACCUGGGGCUCAUGUUCCGGACCCGCAAGGAGGAUGGCGUGCUGAUGGAGGCCACCGCGGGCACGUCCUCCAGGCUCCAUCUGCAGAUCCUGAACAGCCACGUCCAGUUCGAGGUGUCCCACGGCCCCUCUGAUGUGGCGUCCAUGAGGCUGUCCAGGUCACGUGUGACUGAUGGGGAGUGGCACCACCUGCUGAUAGAACUGAAGAGUGCCAAGGAGGGCAAGGACAUCAGGUACCUGGCAGUCAUGACCUUGGACUACGGGAUGGACCAGAACACGGUGCAGAUUGGGAACCAGCUUCCCGGGCUGAAGAUGAGGAGCAUCGUCAUUGGGGGCGUGUCUGAGGACAAGGUGUCCGUGCGCCGCGGGUUCCGGGGCUGCAUGCAGGGAGUGAGAAUGGGGGAGACGUCCACCAACAUUGCCACCCUGAACAUGAACGAUGCCCUCAAGGUCAGGGUGAAGGACGGCUGUGAUGUGGAGGACCCGUGUGCCUCGAGCCCCUGCCCCCAGCACAGCCGCUGCCACGACGCCUGGGAUGGCUACUCCUGCAUCUGUGACAAAGGGUACUUUGGAAGGAAGUGUGUGGACGUGUGUCACCUGAACCCCUGCGAGCACGUGGCGGCCUGCGUGCACUCCCCAGGCUCCCCGCGGGGCUACGCGUGCGAGUGCGGGCCCAGCCACUACGGGCAGUACUGCGAGAACAG